AUGAAAGAGAAAGAAACUGCUUCCGCAGCACACUCUGAUGCCUUAUCCGUGGUUGUUCGGAUUAGGCCGAGCCCUCUUCUGGCCGUUGAAGACUUCGUCACUUGCAAGAUACCAUUGAGUUCUGUUGGUGAGCAGGGAACAAAGCCCGGGCCACCAAACACCGGCCGCAUGAAGGUGUCGUCAAACUUGCGCCAGAGGCGGUGCACGCUGCGACUUGGAGUCGCCAAGAGCAAGCGCAGGUUGUUGGAGUGGUGGCCGCCAAGAUCAACUUCAAGAAGGGGUGCUGAAAGCGAACUUGGAGUUGCGCAGCCUGAUGACGAAAUGCUGCUGCUUGGCUGUUUUGGGGGCAGUAGCAACCAAUCUGUUGCAGCAAAUAUAGCACCAAUUGCUGAGGUAAUGCAUCAGAAGAGUCAGGAUCAAACAGAUAGGAAGGAAAAUAAAGGCGAAGCAAAUUGUAAAGAAGAAUGUUGGCUUGAUCUCUUUCUUAGCAUGGGUGGAGGCGGAAGCGACGGAAACAGUGUUGGUGGUGGUGGUAGUGAUGGUGGUCGAACCGUAGUCUUGGUUGGACGUACUGGCAAUGGUAAAAGUGCGACUGGAAACAGCAUCCUUGGAAGGAAGGCAUUUAGGUCAAUGGCUAGCUCUGCUGGGGUUACAGAUAAAUGUCAGCUGUACACCACUGUACUGAAAGAUGGUCAUAUCCUUAACGUAAUCGACACUCCCGGAAUAUUUGACUUCACCCCUGAGACUCACAUGGGUGAAAGGAUUGUUGAAUGCGUUAAAUUUGCCAAGGAUGGAAUCCAUGCUGUUCUUCUUGUAUUCUCAGUGAGAAGCCGCUUUUCAAAAGAAGAGGAAUCCUCCCUCCGUUGCUUGCGAGAGUUGUUUGGAGAGAAAAUUAUUGAUCACGUGAUUGUAGUUUUUACCGGUGGGGAUGAGCUUGAAGAAGAUGGCGUUUCUCUUGAAGAAUACUUUGGGCAGUGUUGCCCUGCCCCUUUGAAGGAUCUUCUGGAGCAAUGUGGAAACCGAAAGGUUCUGUUUGAUAAUAAGACUAAGGAUGAAGCAAAGAAAGCCGAACAGCUUCAAGAGCUCGAGGCUCUUAUAAACACAGUUGUAGCGCUGAAUAAUGGUCUGCCAUAUACAGAGAAUUUAAUUGCUGAUUUGAAGGAACGAGAGCAGAGUUUCCACGCUAAGACAGAAGAGGUUAAUUCAUUGAAGGGAUGCUCUGAGCAGGAGGUUUCUAAGAUGAUGGAAGAAUUGAAGAAAUUCUAUGAAGAACAAAACCAACAAAUGAUUCAGAGUGUUGAUUCUAGGAUGAAAGAGACUGUUAAGGAACUUCAAGAGGAAGUGGAGCGCGAGAAGGAUGCAAGGCGCAAGGCUGAAGAGAGUGCGAGGAGGUUCGAUGAACAAUUUUGCGAUAUUAGAAAAGAGAUCCACAGAGUUGAGCAUAGUGGUAACUGGUGCGUAAUUCUGUAGUAAUGCUAUUUGCAGCAAUUUAAUUGUUCCAGGGCAAAGCAGAUCUUGAUAAGCACGUACAUAUCUUCAGAACAUUGUUUUUGUAAUUCAUGGUGAAU